GGAUUCAAGAUGGCGGCUCAAUUGGUGAUUGCGGCCCUCGGAUGCGGUCGUUGCGGAUUCUGAGGAUGUAAUCGCGAUGGCGGAGGACGAGAGCGAGGCCCUGAAGCACGUCAGGGUGCUACAGAGCAUGAUAGACCUUUCCGCCGAGCGGCUGGAGGGUUUACGUACCGAAUGCUCUACUACGGAGCGGCUAACUCAGCACGAGAUCCGCACCCUCGAGGGCAAGCUUGUUAAGCUGUUUUCGAGGCAAAUGGUUGGCCGGGCGCAGCUGCGAGAGCCUCAUCGAGCACCUGGACACGGCCAAAGUUGUCUAGUCCAAUGGCUCAAGGUCGUUGGUCUCAAGGAAGACUCGAUCAACGGUGUUUGCCGAAAAGUUUAUUCACUGGAAGGAUUGCGGGACAAGUCUGAGCAUGAGGUGCGAUUGAUUCUUAACGAGGCUGGCCUCAGGGAGGAAGAAACAAGGCGACUAGCUCGUGCCCUUAGAAACCUUCGCCGAUAUAUUGACAUUUUAGGGCGCGAGGAGCGAAAAGACGGAAUAGUUGAGCCGUUAGAUGAAACCCUGUGUUGGGACUCGUGGGACCGUGCUGUGCACACUGGGCCCCAUGACUCCCGUACUUCCCCUAGGCCUCCUCGCAGCAGGCACCAGAGACGUUCUGUGCCAUCAGCAGAGGAUGAACCGGCUUGCCAAGGAUUACAUCAAGGACCUCCGGCACCCCAUUUAUUGGCGGGGCCCCUUUCGCCUGCUUCUCUGCACCCAACACCGCCCGCUACCCCAACGGCUAAAGGCAAAGUCAAAUUUCCUACUACGCCUCCACCAAGGAAAAAGCACCAGACAGGCAACCAGUUGCCCCAUCAAAGUGCUGUCAACACUAAUAGGACGCUGCCAAAUCCGGAGUUGCCGCUGAAGAAGUCAAAGUCGGAUGAAUCGCAAUUGAGUAACAAGGGAGAGGCUCCAACUAGCAGUGAUACGAGUGCUCCGAAAGGAGAUCUUCGAAGGCGAGGACGUCUGCCAACUGUUGGUGGUGAUGGAGGGGAUGUGGGUGGUCAUGCAUCACCCCUCUUGGCAUCCCCUUUGCGUUCACCGCCAUAUGGACCUUCAGGAGGCUCGGACUGUAGUGAUGACAUUCCUGCAGGAACUCUAGGACGGCUGCAAAUCCCCAAGAGCCCUAAGACGCCAACCGUUGGUCGGCAAAUGGGACACUACAUCAACCACCGCUUCACGCGCACCUUUAAAAUGAUGACCCAGUGCAACGCGUGCUCGAAACAAAUGUUUGGCACUGGGGUCAAGUGCAAGGAGUGUGGAUUUGUGUGCCACAAGGACUGCAGUGAAAGCAUUCCGCCGGCUUGUGGACUUCCAACCGGCCUCUUCGAUGCAUUCAGGGAGAAGCUGGAAAGUGGAGGGACAUUCCCAAUGCAGAGUCCAUCAAUGUCAACAGGUCGUCUCACUGGGUUGCGCAAGCCUAGCAAGGGCUCCAAAGGUGGUGGAGGUGUGGGACUCGGUGGCGUGGCUCCAUUUGCUGGACCCGAUUCGUCAUCCAACACAAGUUCGUGCAACAGCUCCACACCUUCAAGUCCCGCCCUUCUUGGAGCAGCCACUCCGCUCGCCAAAGGCCACUUCCACUUUCCUGAGGUUGUGGGUGGUGUCACCCUUGAGACGCAUCCCCUGAGUCCUCCCCCUUCGGGCAUUGGCAUCCCUCGAAUACACCGUGGUCGUCCGGCGCCUGACUUGCUGGAAACGCAGUGCUCGAAUGACUCAGACCGAACCAUUGUGUCCUCCGUUGGCGAUUCAACUGACUCUGGACUGAACCGCCUUGAUUCUCAGGGCUCACAGGAUGGGGCAGAUAGACUUGCGUGGCCAAGGCAGAAUUCUUUGUCUUUGAGAGAGUGGGACAUCCCGUAUGACGAACUUUCCAUCAGUGAGCCUAUUGGCACUGGACGCUUUGGUACGGUCUUUGGUGGUAACUGGCACGGAAGCGUUGCUGUCAAGGUGCUCAACAUGAACUAUCUCGACGACGAGAAAACACUCGAGGCUUUCAAGUCUGAGGUUGGCACCUUUAGGAAAACAAGGCACGAAAAUUUGAUCCUGUUCAUGGGUGCAUGCAUGAAACCACCAAAGCUGGCGCUGGUCACAUCCCUUUGCAAAGGACUCACCCUUUACACGCACAUCCACCUGCGAAAGGACAAGUUCAACAUGAACAAGACAACUAACAUAGCCCAGCAGAUAACCCAGGGAAUGGGUUACUUGCAUUCCCGUGGCAUUGUGCACAAGGACCUUAAGAGCAAGAACAUCUUCCUAGAGAACAACAAGGUGGUCAUUACUGACUUUGGCCUCUUCAAUGUGACCAGACUGUGCCAUGGUAGCAGAAAGAACUCAGGAUUGAGCAUUCCGCCCGGGUGGCUGUGCUACCUGUCCCCAGAGAUCAUUCGCAGCCUCCGUGGCUCUGAGAAUGAAGAGCUCCCAUUUACCAAAGCCUCUGACAUCUAUGCAUUUGGUACUGUUUGGUAUGAGCUGUUGUGUGGAGAUUGGCCUUUCAAAGAGCAGCCCCCAGAAGCCAUAAUCUGGCAAGUCGGGAAAGGCAUCAAGCAGUCGUUGGCUAACCUACAAGCCUCCAGAGAUACGAAGGAUAUCUUGAUGCUGUGCUGGGCGUUCAAAGCGGCCGAAAGGCCCGACUUUGUUCAACUGGCGACCACUUUGGGCAAGUUGCCGAAGAAGCGGCUGGCCCGGUCCCCGUCGCACCCGGUGCACCUCUCGCGCUCGGCUGAGUCCGUCUUCUGAGCGGCCACUCCCCUCUGCUGAUCUCAGGCGGCUGCAUCCCUCCGCCCGCUGCUAGUCCCCUUCCGCCCGCCCGCAGCGGCCGCCUUGUGAUUUUCCCCUUAAAUAAUGCGACUGACUGAUCCGAGUGAGUGUGAAUUGAAAUUAAAAUAUUAUAAUUCUGAGAUGCAAACGCAAAGUAAUGCAACAAGAUUUUUCUGUUCGCCAUUAUUGAGAAUAAGGAGAAAUUAAACAAUAAAGAAAUGAUAAGCUCGUGCAAAAUAAUACAACAUAAUCUUC